UGAUAUUUGGAUCCACCAGUUUUGUGUCGUCACCUUUCAGUCGUAAUUUCACUUGGCCUACCACGUUACAUAAUUUUUUUAUUCAUUUGAAGAUCCGUUAAUGUUUAUUCUAUAAUUAGACUUCUCAUUUAUAAAUUUAUGCCUGGUAUUUCACUGUGAGUGUUGGUGGAUUUUGAUAACCCUAUUGUAAGCAGCGAUGGCCUUGAGAGUAGCACAAGUGGCCCAAUGGCAGGAGUACAGCCAGUGUCAGCUGAGCAGAUGUGCGAGUGAGAGAGAUGUGGCGGACAGAUUGAGAGAGCUUGAUUCAUAUCUCGCAGAAAGGGUUUAUUUUGUUGGGAAUGACCAAAGUGAAGCUGAUGUCUCAAUAUUCCAGUCUCUCAUCAACACAGUGACAAACCUUGGCUUCCCCGAGAAGGAGACAUACAGAAACCUUUCCCGUUGGUUCAAUCAUAUACAAAACAAGACACUGGAGGAUUCUCAAACACCGGUUGUGUUCCUAAAGUCUCCCAUCUACCUUCCACCACUUGUAUGACACAGCAACAUGGCAUGAAGCUGUCCACCUUGAUUCCCAGAUUAAACACGAGAAACAACAA